AUGACGCAGCAGAGGGAGGACUGGAGGCGUCGAGGGAGUACUCCAGUCCGGACUACGGUCCAGGACCAAACCAAGACCUCGAAAGACCCAGAUAUAGACCGGGACUCAGAUCAGGACUUGGAUCAGGACUCAGCCCACAGUGGACCCUCAAGACCCCAGAGACCCCACAGAGUCCUGGUCCAGUCUGCCUCAUACCAGCCUGGGGACUCACUCAGGUACAGGUCCCGCUGGCUCCAGGAGUUAGACCGAGAUCUGGACUGGGAUCUGGAUCGGGAUCUGGACCAAGAUUCAGACCAGGAUGGGUACCGCGUGGUUCUCAUUGGGGACCAUGAUGUGGGAAAGUCCAGUCUGGCCUCAGUCUUUGCUGGAACCUCAGGACGAGACCAGGAAGAGAACCAAGAGCAGACGUUUGAAAAGACUCUGACGGUGGAUGGGGAAGAUACCACCCUGAGAGUGAUGGACACCUGGGACCCAAACAGAACUGUACGUACAAUUCAAGAGCAGUCCCUGAGUACUCCAUGCACUGCGUACAUUCUUGUGUACUCAGUGGCGGAUCGCUGCACUUUUGAGGCGGCGGCGGAGCUCAGGAUCACUGUGAGACGAGCGCGACAGAACGAGAGGGUGCCUAUAAUCAUCGUGGGUAACAAGAGCGACCUUGUGAGGGCCAGAGAGGUCACUACACAAGAGGGCCUGGCAUGCGCGGUGGUGUUUGACUGCAAGUUCAUCGAGACAUCGGCGUCUCUGCACCAUAACGUGUUGGAGCUGUUUGAGGGCGUGGUCAGGCAGAUCCGGCUGCACCGCGACACUCAAGCUAACAUGUUAAUGCUUACGUUAACACCACGCUACAGUCACAAAAGGAAAGAGAGCCUGACCCAGAAGGCCCGAAGGCUCCUGCACCGGGUCAUGUCCAACCAGCGGGUCAGUGUGAGAGCUCGGUCCAAGUCCUGCCACGACCUCGCUGUGCUCUGA